AUGGACGUCAUGGAAGAGGAGGAACGGAAGCCUAUCCCAUCAUUGGGGUUCUAUCCACACCAGCCAAUUAGCACUGGAACUACACUUAUAGCCAUGGAGUUUAAUGGGGGUGUUGUCGUUGGGACGGAUUCUAGAACUAGUGCUGGAUCGUUCAUUUCUUCGCGAGCCACCAAUAAAAUUACUCCUAUCACCGACCACAUGACUGUUUGUCGAUCUGGUUCUGCAGCAGACACUCAGGCUAUUGCUGAUAUAGUCAAGUAUCACAUAGAAGUUUACAGUAUGCUGGAAAACGAUCCAGUAACAAUCUACCGUGGUGCUCAGAUUUUCCGCAAAUUCCUGUACAACUACCGCGAUCAGCUUUCUGCAUCAGUUUUGAUCGCAGGCUGGGAUGAACAGAGUGGCGGACAACUCUAUGCAAUUCCCCUCGGUGGUUUCGUGACGCGACAAAAGUCGACCGCAUCUGGUUCAGGAUCUACGUUUGUUCAGGGAUUCCUCGACAACGCUUGGAAACCAAAUCUGACGAAGGAGGAGUGUAAAGCCAUUGUGAAGCAGGCUGUUGGUUUAGCUGUGUUCCGUGAUGGCUCAUCCGGUGGUGUUGUCCGCGUAGCCACGAUCGACAAGACUGGCACUAAACUGGAACUGUUCCGUCCUGACAAGCCUGGAUUUCCAAAUGUUUUCCCGCCAGCAUAUGGAAUUACUGCAAGUGAGGAAGAAACUUGA